AUGAUCACCAAACGCUCAGUGCUUUCCGCGACUCUUUCCCUGCUUGCUGCGUCGAGCACGGUUCGGUCUGCGGCUGUAUACUCCAAAAACGACUAUGUCGACAACCUUUUUGGUAGUUCAUCGUAUAGCGAUAGGCUUGCUUCCGUUGCCAGUGCGAGGACCUCCCCUUCUCCUGCGGCUGCGGCUUCCCCUGCGGUCACGACGAGCCCUGCUACUCUCUUUUCGGCUGCCAGGACCUUUUCCGCUUCGACAGCAGCCAGUUCGUCUUCGGUAGCUGAGGCUGUGGCGACCACCUCCAUCGCCUCCGACGACAGUGACGACAACAGUGUUGACAAUGCUGGCAAUGUUGGCGAUGGCAAUAGCAUCUCAGGCGGAGACGACGAUAGCGCCUCAGUUGGCUCAGUUGGAGACGAUGUCGCCGUAUCUUCCACCGGCGACGAGGCUGCAGCUCCUGAAGACGUCGACGGUGCUGCUCCCGCGCCCCAGCCCAGUGCUGUCAUCGCCGCUGGGUCAACUUCUUUCCCGUUCGUCGGCUCCGUGGCAACGCUCAACAUCGGUAACGCAAACUUGUCGCCGGAUGGCUUUGAAAGACCAUCUUCCGUCGUCAACGGUGUUUUCCCUGCUCCUCUCAUCAAGGCCAACAAGGGAGACCACUUCAGUCUCAACGUUGUCAAUGAUAUGACGGACGAUACCCAAUUCCGCGCCACCUCCAUCCACUGGCAUGGUAUCUAUCAGAAGCAUACAAACUGGGCUGACGGUGUUGCUGGUGUCAACCAAUGUCCUAUCGGUCCAGGCGACUCCUUCCUCUACCAAUUCGAUGUUCCGAACCAAGCUGGAACGUUCUGGUACCAUUCGCAUUUCCGCACCCAAUACUGCGAUGGACUGCGCGGCCCGCUUGUUAUCUACGACCCUGAGGAUCCUUACAGAGACUUGUACGAUGUUGACGACGAAAACACUGUCAUCACCAUCGGAGACUGGUACCACCUCCAGUCACCUUCCAUCACUGGCGUUGCUUCCAACGAUGCAACAGUCAUCAACGGAAAGGGCCGCUACGUCGGUGGUCCGCUAGUUGACCUAGCCAUCAUCAACGUCGUUCCCGGAAAGCGCUAUCGGCUUCGAAUCAUGGCCAUAUCAUGCGAUCCUAACUAUAUCUUCUCGAUUGACGGUCACCAAUUGACGGUCAUCGAAGCGGAUGCGCAAUCGACGCAGCCUUUGGUAGUGGAUAGUAUUCAGAUUUUCGCUGGUCAACGGUACUCUGCCAUCCUCACCGCCGACCAGCCCAUUGGCAACUACUGGAUUCGUGCUCUGCCCAACUCUGGCAACAACAACCUAUUCACGGGCUUCAUCGACGGAACCAACUCCGCCAUCCUGCGGUACGCCGGCGCACCCAUCGCAGACCCGACCACCUCCGCGCCCGACGCCCCCGUCCUCCUCGACGAGACGCUCCUCGUUCCCCUCGACACCACGCCCGUCCCAGGACAGCCCUUCCCCGGCGGCGCCGACGUCAACCUCUUGUUGAAUUUGGACUUUAAUGUGGACGCGUGGAGGUUUUAUGUUAACAACGAGACGUUCAACCCCCCGACUGUGCCCGUGCUGUUGCAGGUUAUGAGUGGGGCUGUUGCGGCGCAGGAUUUGUUACCCGCGGGUUCGGUGUAUACCCUUCCUCCCAACGCGAGCGUUGAGAUUUCGAUUCCGGGAGGUGUGAUUUCGAGUCCUCAUCCUUUCCAUUUGCACGGGCAUUCCUUCAGCGUCGUCAAAUCAGCCGGCAUCGACACGCCCUACAACUACGUCAACCCUGUCAAGCGCGACGUGGUGAGCACGGGCGACGUAGGGUCCAACACCACGAUCCGGUUCUUCACCGACAACAGCGGGCCGUGGAUCCUCCACUGCCACAUCGACUGGCACCUCGACCUCGGGCUCGCCAUCGUGCUCGCUGAGGACCCCGUCGGCACCCCCGCGCUCAACCCCACGCCGCAGGAUUGGGACGACCUCUGCCCGGCGUAUGAUGCGCUUGAUCCUAGUAUGACGGAGAUUGCGGUGGUCGCGACCCCGAGCCCGUUGGACCCGCAGGUGGUGAGUGUGCCGGAGAGUUAUUUGGCGACGAGUACGGAGGCGGAGGAUGUGACUGUUACGGUUACGGUUACUGUUACGGAGGGUGAUGAUGCUGCGGCUACUGAUUCGUCGUGA